AUGGGAACGGUAGAUUUGGCGCAUGCAUUGGCGGAUUGGUUAAUCGCCGCGGGAAUUUACGAUCAGAACCAGUAUGAGGAAAUGGUGUGGAACAAGACUAAAGAGAUAAUGGAGGAAUUUGUGCAAUACAUGGAAACUGCGGAAAUAAUAUCGUAUGCAACGCCCUGUGGUAACGCAGGAUGGCAGCUCCCCAGUGAUCCUACCGAUCAAGCCUAUGUAGGACAAACGGUGGGGGAUAAGAUUGUAUGCGUGCUUAUGGUAGGGGCAUUACUGUUCAUGAAUGGGUGGCAUACUGCAAAACACAGUAGACCACAGGAGGAUGCAACCAACGCAAGCAUACGACAGCACUUGCUAUGUGCAAUAGUACAUAUGUUUAGCGCAGUAUUAAACGAAUCCGUGUGCAAAAGUCAGUGGGGAACUUUUUAUGCAUGGAAAAUAAUGGACGAAUUAGCGGGGGAGGGCGGUUUUUUGGGAGGUUCAAUAAAGAAGGGAACAUGUGGUAGAAACAUAUUUUCGGAUGUACAAAUAAGGGAACUUGACUUAAAUACAGACGUCAAAGCAUGGUUAGGACAAAAUAGCAAACUAAAAGAGGCAAUACAGAAAAUAAAAGGAAAUACACUGUGCACGGAUAGGUGGGGGACGGGAUGGAGCCUAGACGAAAUCCUGGGGCAUGGGAAUAUAGAUGAUUCGCCACGGUCGCCGAUUGCUCAGAUAAUGCACGGACUGCAACACCCAAUGACGGAAGUAUUUAAAGGGCUUAAGCAACAGGUAGAGGAACGCAUAGAGCAAAGGCAACAGGCGAAGACGGGGAAGUCCGCGACGGAUGGCAAAAACGGACAGGCCGCCAAGAAUCCGGCAACAGCAUCACCACAGGCACCUCCAGGAACGAAACCGGCAGAAGCAGGAGGAGGCGACAAGAACGGCCACAAGCCGUCGUCAACAUCACCAUCAGGAGCAGCAGGAACAUCACCAGGAUCCGGAAGGUCAGAUCCCGCACCCGCACCACAACCCCCACCUGCGGCACCAGAACCUCCCUCAGGGAAAUCAGGCGGUGCAGAGGCAGGAGCAACGGAAGACCACGGUGCUACGGGCGUUGCAGGAGCACCGGCAUCAACGGACACAUCAGGUGAGGACCAGUGCAACGCGAGUCUUGGGCAGGGCCCACAGAGCUCGGGUUCAAUAGUUAUAAGUACCGGAUGUACACCGGAUGCAGAUUUAGGAGGAGGACCCCACGUCCCCGAUGCUAGAGCUAAUGGAACUGACGACACGAAAACUGGGCCUACACAGGUAGCUGCAGGUCCCCAGGAACUUCCAGAAGGAAAGAAGGAUGACCCGAAGGAUGGGACAUCAGAGUCCGCAGAACCAGCAGCUGGAUCAGAACCACAACCAGGACCCUUACCUUCAUCAACACCAGAUACGGGACACCAACCUGGAUCGGACGGUGUCCCCCAGGGACCCACAUCUUCUGGGGAACAGAAACCGGACACGCAGGAUGGCCAUGACCAUAGUGAGCCCGGGGUCAACGUACAGAACGAUAGGGAUCCUUUCGGUGGUGCCGAUUUCUGCAAGGUCGAUGCCAAGAGGGCAGGAGUAGGUGGAAAGUGUACUACACUAGACGAUGGGGCAGAAGUGGUUCAUGUACCGGAUGAAAUCCCUCUAUGGGGUAUAGGAGCAUUAAGCCCUAAAAAGUAUGAAGAUUUCACACUGGACCCUAAUCCACGUGAACUACACAUAAAGGACGCAGCAGGGGGGUUCGUGCCACCGGUUCCAGCAGAUGGAAAAGUCAGUUCAUCGGGUGACACAUCACGUGACUAUGCUGUCCCCGACCUAACCGACACCGUCCUCACCGCCACUACUCCCGUACUCUUCUUCCUGUCCGCCCUCAUCGUCGCCCUUCUUGGUUAUUCCCUUUGGCAGUACUUUGCGCACCUCGGACAAAAACGACGACGAACGUUUCGCACCGUUCGUGACGUGCCGUCACCGCCACUCGACAAAGAAAUAUUGGACCAUCUACAACGCGGCGAACUGCCGCCACCCGAUUACGGGUACACCAUGAUUAGGGAUACGCAGCCCGGCAGAUUGCCCGCCGCCCGACGACGACGUCAUCCGCGCGUGCAUACACGCACGAUCAUCGACCUACAUCUAGAAGUGCUGCACGAAUGUGACGCAACCGCGUGGGAAAACGUCAAAGACGACUAUUUGCAGAUACUCGUGGAGGAGUUUGCACAGGAGUGUGCGCACGAUAUGAUACGGGACGCCAACAGCAAUAACAAUAUCUUGGGUCUUUUGACCUCAGACUAUGGCUCCGGUAACGCAGUCACAGACAGAACCACAUGUGACACAGUCACGGACAUACCCACAUGUUACACAGUCACGCACAUACCCACACGUGAUGAUCCUAAGCCCGACAUCACACACCAGUUAGUCACAGACGACACAGUCACAGACACACCCCCACAUGAACCUCCAAAGCCCGCAAUCAUACAUCCACACACCAACGCCCCAGUCACAGACACACACACAUGUGAUCAUCCUCAGCCCGAAAUCACAGACAUAACCACAUCCCACACUACCACGUGGCUGCGUUGGAUUGACCGCAACAAGCACCUAUUCCAGGCGUGCACGGGGCAAACAUGGUUCAAUGAAAUCAAAUCGGAAUGGAAACAAUACCUCCGUGAGCACAUGGUGGCAAACGCAAACAACGGAGUAUCCGGGCACCGUGAAUUAGGUGAGGCACCCACCCCGCCGAUGAAGAAAUUGGACUUGUGGAAAGAAUGGAUUGCAAGACAGCAUAAACGGACGGAUACAUACAGUGAAGAGGAGUGGUUUCAGCAUUUGUUGAAUAAUGUACAGCAGGAGACAGCAACGCCCACAGGCGAAGUAUCAGUAGUCGACAACGACUUAGAAGUGGACAAAGUCACGGCAGCAGCAGACAUGCUACGAGUGACAGCUAUACCAUGCACCCAACCACUGCAUCAGCCCCCUCACAUGAAACAACCGUUAACUGCCACAUUGUGGAUGCUCCUUCUCGCGUCCGUAAUCGAAGAGAGCGAGCUCGAACGCAGUUUGCAGGAUAGGGAGUUAUAUGUGGAUGACCUAUUGGAGCAACUGUGA